CGCGCUGUCUGUUGCACGCCGAGCAAGUUUACAUUCCACUUGUAAACAUUUCUCUCUUCGGACCGUCUUCCUGUGUCCCUGACACUCGCCGCCAAAUCUUUUGCCGCGGUCCUCAGCAGUUUGGAGGAGUUGGCGAGGGCGAUUACAAAGGAAUGUUUAUCACGUAGCCUGUCUGCACCCCCGAUGGAGCCCCAAGCAGACAAAAGUGUCUGCAUGUGAACGACUGGGCCGCGACUUGCGCAGACAGUGCAGUGCGCACUUCACACUCAAGUGAUGGCGGCCGAGUGAACAGUAGAGAGAGAGAGGUAUCGAAUCUUAAUACUUUAUUUAUGAACGCUGUACGAAGAGUGGGGACUUUAUGCAUCAACACCAUCACUGGGGCGAGUUUCCCAUUAACUCGACAUGCUAUUUUGCUUCGGACUGUUUGCAUUGCUGUUAUACUACACAGUGGUCGCGAACGCUGAAUGCAGCUACACGUACCGCAACAGCAGUCAGCACAUCGAAGCCGAGUCCCGCCAGUACGAGCGCCAGGGCUACCAGCACUGCGAGUUCAUCAUUCAGACUUCCGGCCACCACUCGAUAGAGCUCAACUUCACCCGCCUUGUGGGCUUCGGCGCCAGCGGCUCGCCAGGAGAAAAGGUUGAGGACGGCAAUGAAGACCUCGAGAGUGAGGAGGAAAAAGAAAAGGAGAAACUGGGGGUUGGCACCGAUUCGGGCCGCGAGUUUGCCGCCCCCGCCAAUGACCACCGCCAUCACCACGACGGCGGGGAGGGCAACAGCAACAGCAGCAGCGGCACAGCAGGGAAGCGGCGGGCGAGCGAAGACCUGGUGCUAUCCACUUCCGGUCCCGCCGCCAGGCGGAGCUCCACGCGACCAUCAACGUCCCAGCCACCACCGCCACCGGCGCUGUCGUCAUCCACCGUGCUCGUGCAGGCCAAGGCCGUGACGGACGGAGUGAGGCCAACAUCAGCAGCACACACUGCCCGCAACAGCGCGGAGGGUCAGCCGUUAUCAACGUCGUUAUCGUCGUCCUCGUCGCCGCCUCCGCCGCCGCUGCUGCCGCCAUCGCGCCGCGAGGAGAGAAAACGUUGCUCGCCGUCGGUACCCAAGGUCGAAAUAAGGGUGGUGUCCGCGGAGGGGCAGGAGUCCCUCAACCACGUGAUUUGCCAGGAAAGCCAUAACUACCCCACACCUGUUGUCUUUCAUUUGCAUUAUGCAUCGUCGGUCCGGAUUGUCUAUGUCUGGAGGCGAAGGCAGAGCAGCGGCUUUACUCUACACUUCGACUUCGACACAGAGGACUGCCCGUUUACCUGUGAUGGUCACCUGUGCCUGAGGAAGGAGAAGCUGUGCGAUAAACAUUUUGACUGUCAGGAUCAAGCGGACGAACGCCAGGCGCUGUGCCAGCUGGAGGCCAGACAGACAGUGGCAGCCAGUGGAGACUUAGACUCGGAGAGCCUGGUGAAGAUCGUGGCCAUCGUCACGUGCCUGGUGGUGCUGGUGCUGCUCACCCUGGCCUGCAUCGUCGGGCGCCACUACUGCAGUCCCAGCGCCUGCACCAUGCACCGCGACACCGCCCACUCCACAGGUCACCUGGCCUGCCCCCAGUCACAGAGCUCAGAGGGAUUUACCCCUAGUGCUGAAUCCUUGCAGGACUGCAGUGAGCAGGCUGUAGCCUUACUGCCCAAUGGUCCAUCUCGUAGAACAUGGACUCCACCACAUCCUCCCCCACCACCACCUGACCUGGAAAUUGGGCUGCCCCCAAAUAUCCCUGUCUCACCUGAUGGCGAGGAGGGCUACACAGCAAGCCAGAUGCGCCUGUUGGAUCCUCGAUAUCGCACUGUGCAAUCCGAGUUGUUCAAGCCACCCCCAAAUAAAACGGUGUUUGACAGAGAGAGUCCACCCCCAUAUUCACCGAGUCCUUCGUCCGGAAGUUUUGGCUGCGGGUCAGCACCAUCUCGGUCAUCGCCAGUGUUUAGUGGGGGCACUUAUGGGUACGGGUCUGUAAGGGUGGUCAGAGACAGCGAAGGACAGCCGGUGGUCAGCCGCUGUUAUAGCAUGUUCACUCCAUCGAUGGUUCGUAAUGGUGCUGGUAACAGUGACCGCAGUAGCAACACAGGUGGUGGGAAGAGCAUUUGUUGCGAUAGUUCUGAGAUUAGUCCACAACACCGCAGCCACAGAUAUGCACAUCAGCAACGUCACCACCACCAUCAACCAGCCUAUGAGCAACAGCAACAACAGCGUUCGCUUGGUGCUUUUGGUACAGUGAAUACUGUGCAGUGCCCUACAUGCUGCCCUUCAUCCCAGCUGUAUGUACAUUCGUCCCUACCCUCAGCAAACGCCAUUCGAAAUUGUGAUACUCUCUGUUGGAACUUGCCUGCGCAGCAGCACUUCAGUACUGGCAGAGCCGCUGCCCCCGGUGUCGGCGGAGAAAGCACUGGCGGCAGCGGAGAUAGAAGCUGUGGCAAUGGUGUGAUUGGAAGUGAAGGUAGCACUGCAAGAGGAGGAGGAGGAGGAGGUGUUGAUAGAGUGAUGAUGGGGGCGCCACCAGACUACACCCUGGCAUUCAGUGACUUUAGUGCUGUCAACAGUAGUCUCCAGCUUCCAGAUUCUAGUGGAGUAUGAUGAGCUGUGGCCUGGUGUCAGCAGGAAAGUUUUGUGAUUCAGAAAGAGAGAAAGUAAGAGAAGAUGGUGGGCUUCUGAUUGAAUACACAGGUGGAUGAUUCUGAAGCCACCCAAGGUCAACUUGUUGCAGUGUGCAAGUGGCUAACUGCUUCGUUUUAUUUUACCCAACACCUUGUACUGUGGAGGUGAGAACUUCUGUGGAAGCUGAAAUGUUGAGGGUUUUUUUUUUUUCGAAUUCUGUGCACACAUAGGGAAAAAAUGGAUGUAAUUAGUCCCUCCUGCUUUGGAAACCCCUUUAAUUGUGCUUGGAUGAAUGUGUGUUCUGUGUGAUGUGGAUGCACUUGCGUACGCUAAUUAAAAGAGUAAAAGUGUUUUUAGUCCCGAUAUAUUUCGGGUCUCCUUGGGUAGACAUAGAGAGAGCUGCUGAAUGACUAGAAACCAUGGUUACUCUGCCAAACAAAACUGCAAGGCCUUGGUUUUCUAAAGCAUGUGAAAGAGGAAAUUUGUUUUUUUAAUUUGAUUUAUUUAUUUGAUAUUUUUGUGCUUAUUUUGGUUUUGUUCUAAGCAAUAUUUCAGUCUGUAUUCCACUCACCUUGACAUCUCAAAGUGUACUGUUUUGGGGGGUUUGUUUUGUUUGGUUGAUAUUUUUUUGUUAGGUUUUUUUUUUUUUUUUUUUUUUGCUUCUUCUGGAUGUAGACCCACUCAAUGGUUUAGAAAGAACUGUGCUAGUACAUGUAGUAUGUAAAGUGAAAUUUUGUUUGCUCAUGCAUCCACAAACAUGCACACACAUACAUAUGCACGGACAUUUAAAGGGAAAAGCAAGUCAUAUGGUAAGUUGGGCUUAAGUGAUUUUGUGAAUCAUGUCUGAUCAAAAUUUCAGGUUGCAAAAUAAGUGUUUACUUACAGUAGCAUCUGUAACACAAGCUUAAGGGCAGCUCAUGAAAGCCGUUGUGUGUACAUGCCAUUUUGCAAAGGAAAACAGACUGAUUCUAGUCCAUGAUGUAGGCAAACCCAUUUAAAACCAGAAAAGUAUCAGCUGAUACUGGUAGCAGCUUUUGCCAGCUUUACAGAAAGGCCUUCAUUUAUAGCUUGAAUCACAAGAAGUUUACAAUCCAUGGAAAUAGAUUAUGAGAAAUGUAAGCACGUUUAUGUUGGUUACAUAUUACUUUUGAAAAGAGGGUUGUGGGCAGAUCACUGGCUUCAUUUGUGUGCAGGGAUCUGUACACAGGCUGCUGCCAGUACAACCUGUCAGUGCAAGUCACACUGAUGGAGGUUCAUUCAGUUUUUCAGUUUUGCAAUGGCGUAUUUCUAUUUUUUACACGCAGAAAUCAUUGACCCAUCCUUCCAGAAUUGCUUUAUCAAAGAAUGCAAGUAGCUGCGUUGAAACUCUGUGUUACUGUUUACGAUAACAUGUUAGAAUGACGUCCCUUCGCCUGACUGGCUGGAGGGGGCAGAGCUCUGCUGUAUUUUUGUCUUAUCUGAUGUCUUCCUCAUGUUGGACUUGUGAUUGUGUAUGGUUUUGACCUGCCUGCCAUCGCGUGUCUGGAAUGUGGUGCCUCUUCUGUUUUGGUGGCUUCGGUUCCUUUUCAGUCUGCAGACUUCAUGAUAGGUGCAGCUCUGUGGGCUUCAUGUUCGCAUGACCUUUGUUGAUCAGUGAACUGUUGAGUGUGCUGGGGCUCAUUCAUUGUUUUAGUGCCAUCUUUUGGAUGUGCCAUUUGGAACUGCAUUUGCUAUUGAGUGUAUUCCGGCUUAUAUGAUAUGUUUGAUAUUUGGGCUGCGGAUUGUGGUUUGUGCUGUGUGUGGACGCUACUGGUGGCAUGAAGUACACAGUCUGCUAAACACCUUCAUCAUUUUGUUUCAUCGUCUCCUUUUUUUGAUGUCACACCACCUCUGUCAUUUGUGAAGCACCUUGAUCUUAUCUAUAGGGCAGGAUAAGGCGCUAUGCAAGCCCAUUUUUUAAUUUUUAUUAUUUAUUUAUCCCAGAGGGCAGUUUGGGGAAGCUCGACAUGAAAGCACAAAGCAGUACCACAACCUAUCCAUGUCCGCCAAACAGACUCAUACAUUCAUGGUUCAGAAGACAUCUGCAUUUAUUCACACAUAGUAACAUUCAGUAAUGAUAGAGAACAGCCUCAAUCUGUUAUCGUGCAUGCAGGUACAUGGAAUUGGUGGUUUGAUGGGAGGUGAAAAAUUCUCCUGACAGGACGUGCCUGUCAUCACAAAGGAUUUCGGACACUGUUAGAUGUGUCUGCCUGUUAUACGUUGUCUGAAGAGCACUCUGGGCUGUUCCAGUGGCGUUAAAGCAGGUGGAUACACACAAUGUGAGUUAGUUUUGUCCUUCACUGAGAAACUGUUGUAAAAACAGAUAAAUGAAAAGGACAGCAUGCUCUUUAUGUGCGAUCU